AUGUCUAUUCCACACCAUCCAUUUGGAUUUCCAUCCAGUCAAACUGGCCCGCCAUGGACUGCUAUGGCUGUCUCCCAAUCGGCUUUUCGAGCUCAGACUCCAACAUCUAAUUCUGCGCACGCCAUUGCCCCAGUCGUCGCACAGCUUGACGCUAGGAACGGCACGAUUUACGGAACACAAGGACAAGCUACAUUUAUGCCACAAAACCAAGCACUGUCUGUUAUUGAUCAGAGCAGCCACCAUGGUACUGUCAUAAAAGCUGGUGACUUCUUCCCAGGUACCAGACUUGUGUCUCACCUUCCACUUGGUCCUGAGGAUGCACCUAGUGCGGCUGAUAGAGACAUCAGACAGCGCUUCCGAAAUCUGGUCAACGAAGUAAACGAUCUCGACCGAUUGUAUCCGGAUCGUGAUAGUGCAGAGCAGCAUCGAUGGCGAGAUAAGGUCAACAAGCUGAAUCGGCAAAUCGGACACUUGGAACGAACGAUCCCGCAACGCCUUGCCAGAGAUGGCAAUUCCCCGGUCUUCAGGGAACUGAUGCCAGGUUUCCCAAGACUUUGGAAGUACUUGGACCCAUCGCUUCGCCGCAAUCUUGAGCAGCAGGCGCGCCAACCGUUGCCGUGCACCCGCAGAAUUGAAGGUCCAGCAACUGUUAAAGAAGAGGAGGACAACAAAGCGUCGGUCAUGGCAUCGGUGGCUCGAGAUCGUCCUUUGGGAAGAUCAGCUCCGCGACCUGGGGUGCGCAGCUCUGCAUUUGUCAAACAAGAAGCUGAUCAACCCCGGGCUAGCCAAUUCGGCAACCAUCGGGCCGCCCCAAGCUUUUCGGGUGUUCCUAUGGCCUAUGAAGAGUUAGAAAUCAAGGCCGAGGCUGAGUUGUCUGAUUCGGAUGAUUGCGUCAUCGUCGGUGAACGUCAGGUGCGAGGUCGUGUCCACAAUCGCCCUCCUCGAUCGCAACGACCGCCCACUCGUGGGGCUCGCCAGCAAAUGCCUGCUGUUGUGAAGCCUAAGCCUACGAUACCGACACGAUCGUUACGUAACAGAGAGGUUCCGCUAACUGUAAGAUGUUCGCGAUCUCCGCGUUUCCGUUCGCAGGCCUAUAGAGAACGUUCGCCGCGACGCGAUGCCAUUAUCGAGGAGCUGUCCGACUCUGAGUAG